AUUUACUCCUUAAUUAAAUGCUAUUAUUGUUUGUUGGAAACAUUUACUCACUUUCUGUACAUUACCAACUAUAUAUAAACAAACACUGUAAUACAAUUUACUCUUCAAGAAGAGGACAUACAAUGGCCACUGCACAGUAUCAAACACUUGACAAGCUUAAAGCUGUAGUUAAUGAGUACAAGAUCAAAGUUCGAGUUAUUCGCUUAGGGAGAGGCUCAACAAGAACCGGUGAGGAGUUCAAAAAUUUCAACUUGAUUCUCCUUGACCACAAGGGUCAAAGGAUUCAUGCCUUUGUUCCGACAAAAUGUGCAGAGGAGAUUUAUAGCCAGAUAACUGUUGGAAGAGUCUUCAGCAUCAAGCAAUUUAUGGUGCAGAAAUACAGCCAGACAGAGAAGUUUAGAGUGGUGAGAAAUGAGAGUCAGCUGAUUUUCAGUAAAGACACCAUCAUCCAAGAGCAAGCAUAUGAUGGUGUUACCAUCCCACAGGAAGCUUUUGAUUUCUACGAUCAUAGCCAACUGAUAGAACUUUCAAAUCAAACCACUUACCUGGAAGAUGUUGUAGGAAUCAUAAAAGAUUAUGAUCAGAUAAGAGAUCUAAAGAACAAGCAUGGUCAAGAUCAGAAAAAAACAAAGUUGGUUAUCACUGAUGGGAGGUUGGCGAAUGAGGAGUUUGCAAAAAAGGCAUUAGGCAAAAAUAAUGUUAAAACCAUACACAAGAUCAAUGUCGAUGAGCUGAAGAAACUUGGAAAAAAUGCUAUUGAGGGAUUAUUCAAGCUACACGUGACAAUCAAAAGUAUUGAUCCAACCUUUGGAUGGUUUUACAAUGCAUGCACAAGCUGUGAGAAGGAAACGAAGAUGGAAAAUCCAUGUCCAAUUUGUGAGAGCUGCAAUCGCUAUGUCCCUUAUCCAGAUCAGAAGUUCAGAUUUCAUGUCAUUGCUGAGGAUAUGACCGGAAAGGUUCAAGUUGUCUUGGGAGAUAGGGAGGCACGUACAAUUAUUGGAAAAAGAUGUUUACAUUUGGCUGAUGAGAUGUUCACUGAGGAAGGAUUGCCGAAAACUUUGCUAAGUAUUGUCGACAAAGACUACAGCUUAGUAAUCCAAGUCAGGGAAAUGAAUGUCGUAAACAAUUUCAAUGUUUACUGGGCCAAUAACAUAUGCAAAGGCUUUGUUGGCCUUCCAGGUGCCACAAAUCAGAGUGCUAACGCCAAAGAUGCACAAACUUCCCAGCCAACAACUUCAACCUACAAUGCUGGAGGUCUCUCGGACAUCGACUUAGCCAGCAACUGAAACAAGCGACGCAGUGUUUGAAAACCUACAUUUUGCUAUUAUCCUAAACAACAGCUCUCAACUCAUGUUCUUUUGGUCUAACUAAAGCAACUGUGAAAUACUUUUGUUCAUUUUGACUGAGCAAGCUAUGUAACUAUAUUUUCAACUAUGUAACUCUUUCUUAUCAGCAAUGUAACAUAUAAGUAACAA